UGUUGUUAUCUAUUUAUAGGAGAUGUUGUUGAAGAACGUCAUAAUCUUUUCUAAGUCUCAUGCUGACAAGAACAUGGAAGACAUAACCGACACCCUGCUGUACCACGUCGUACCCGGUUUGGUAAAGACCAACAUGAUGAGUAAUGAUGACGUCAUCACAACUGCCAGUCCACUCAAGUCUACCAUUCGCGUUAACACCUAUUACAAUCCGUCAAAGGUGGUGACAGCCAACUGUGUCCGAGUGAAAUCUGCUGAUCACCAGACAAAGAACGGUGUGGUUCACAUAGUCGAGAAGCUUUUGGAGCCCGUAACAGACACGCUGCUGGAAUACAUCAAGACUAACCCAGAUCUGAGCGACUUCAGUAAAGGUGAGCCUCGAACUUGCUCUCUUGUUUUAUAUUCUCCGAGGUCCACUCUGUCUUUCAUCAUUUCGAGGCCGAUGAUGACCUAAGUACCCGUUGACUAC